UGAAAAAAGCACUUGAACAGCGAGGACUAGUUUUGGACCAAGGUGCUUAGGCAUCCUUUAUUUAUUUUACUACCUACCACGUUUAGAUUAUUAUUUUUUUUGAGACCAGUUGUACCGUCUCCUGGACGCUUAUUAUUCUUAGAUUUAUUGCUGGAUUACAUUAGCAUGUGGUUUUAGCACAAGUAAUCGGGACACGACGUUGCUAAAGGUUAGCUAAUCGAAAAUAACGCCAAUAAAGCAACAGGAUCGUGGCACACUAAAACAGAAAAUUCAACUUGGAAGCACCACUCUAGGCAAUGGAUUCUUCAGCAAGAGUCAAACUGUCUAAAGAAGGCAAUCCACUAAGGCCAGAAGCAAAGACAAAGUUUGAUGGGCCAAUGCGUGUUCCCGUAUCACAACAUUCACAAAUGCCUCAGCGUGUCAUGGGUGUUUCAAAUGGACCGCUGAGGCUGCAGCGACCAGCCACACAUCAAAAACCUGUAUCUCAUGUCCCUGCUGUAAUGAAGCCAAUGUCUGCCAAUGGGCAAAAUAUUAAUCCACUUGCACAGAAUGUACAUCCCAUGUCCCAGCAAAAGACCAGCUCACAACCAAACCCACCAAAGGCACAAGAGACAAAAAUGAAGUUGGAGCAGCCAAAAACUUUAACUGAGCCUCCUAAGACUGAGAAGAUGCAGAAUAAACCAAGAAAAGGUUCACAAAAGCCGUGGAGCCUGGAGAACUUUGAGAUUGGGCGACCUCUUGGAAAGGGAAAGUUUGGCAAUGUCUACCUAGCCAGAGAGCGACAAAGCAUGUUCAUCUUGGCUUUGAAAGUACUGUUUAAGAAGCAGCUUGAGAAGGCUGGUGUAGAGCAUCAGUUGAGGAGAGAAGUGGAGAUACAGUCUCAUCUGAGGCAUCCCAAUAUACUUCGUCUUUAUGGCUACUUCCAUGAUGCGUCUCGUGUGUACCUCAUUCUCGAGUUUGCUCCCAAAGGACAGCUUUACAGUGAGUUACAGCGAUGUGGAAGGUUUUCUGAAGACCGAAGUGCCACUUACAUCAUGGAACUGGCAGAUGCCCUGUCAUAUUGCCACUCAAAGAAUGUAAUUCAUCGAGAUAUCAAACCAGAAAACUUGCUGCUUGGUGCCAAUGGAGAGCUGAAAAUUGCUGACUUUGGCUGGUCUGUUCAUGCUCCUUCUGCAAGGAGAUCAACUCUGUGCGGGACUCUAGAUUACCUGCCUCCUGAAAUGAUUGAAGGGAAACCUCAUGACCAGAAUGUUGACUUGUGGAGUCUGGGUGUCCUUUGUUAUGAAUUCCUAAUUGGACAACCUCCUUUUGAGGCAAAAACUCAUGAGGAGACUUACCGUAGGAUAUCAAGGGUGGAGUACACCUACCCCCCUCAGUACAAUAUCAGCGCAGGAGCAAAAGACCUGGUUGCCAACCUACUGAAACACAACCCUUUGCACAGAUUGCCCAUCCAGGGAGUUUUGACUCACCCAUGGGUUGUUGAAAAUUCCACCAAGAAACCUACCACUUUAAAUCAAGAAUCGUCCAGCCAGUGAACAGCUCCUCAGUUUUCACAUGCUGAGUGAAGGACUAGGGAGUGCAGAAGUCACAACAAACUUUACUGUGGUUAUUCCAUAGAAUGUGCAACUGCUUUUGUUUUUAUUCUGUUAGAAAAAUGUUUCCUUUUCAAAAUAUUUCCAAUUUGUAAAUAUUUUCUUGAAUCUUAAUUAUGAAUGUUUUAAAUUUAUCUUAUUUUUUAAUGUCCAAGUGCGCAAUCCUCCUAAAUGUCGUGUUUUGUUGUCUGAUGCAUGUACAUAAAUGAGUCCUGUAACAAUUACAGUGCUGCAAUCUACUUUUUUUUUUUUUUCCAUAUUAUGAAAACCACAUUGACAUUUCACAAUAUCUACAAUUGACACUGACUAUUUACAUGGGUUGCUUGCUAAUGGUCAUGGCUGGUUCUUAUACUUGAAAUAAAAAACACACAUUUGAACAGAAUGACUGAUCUAUGCAAUAUACAUUUUACACUUUCACUGUGGCUAAAUAUCUUUUAAAAUCUAUUACGCAGCCUUUGAUUAUGUGGGGUGUAUGGCAGAUGUUGUGCAAGUGUGCAAAUUUAAGUCUGGUGUAAGAACCAUCAGAUGAUUCUAUAGCCUAUUGUACAUCAGCAUUAGAUUUUUUUUCCUUUAUGCAAAAACGGUGUUAUACAUGAGAAUACUUUAGGUGAAAGCGCUGACC